ACUAGAAGAUUGGUUCAUGGGAGUAAAAACAUCCAAUUAGGAAUCAAACAUCAUGAGCAUUAGACCCUUCGAUUGUAAUGUAUUCACUAUUUUGUCUGUAUGACAUAAAAGAACAAUGAAUGAGAAAAACAUGAAAGAUCAGUUUUCUCACUCACUAGUUGUUGAACAAUCAUGUUCCUUCUCAACAACAUACUGCCAAAAGUUAUUGUUAUCCACAUUAACUCAGACCUGAGAGCUGGUCUGUAAAACCAUGUUCUUGCACUGUUUGUAACUUGACUUGGAUAUAAGUACUAGAUGUACUAGUUACUAGACUUUGUGUUCUAAGACUCAUUGUACUAAUAUCCUGCACAGACAACAGGGUUAUAGUUUGAUAACAAUGUAAUAACAAGCUAAACAACAAUGCAGUUGUAUUAUUUUAGUACUACUUCAUAACAACACUACUGUGUAACUUUUAUAUUGACAAUAAUAUGCAACACAACAACACAGUUAAUGAGUUCUUCCACUUUGUUUCAGUUUCACCUGUUGGGUUGUUUUGGAUGUACUGAUGGUGAUCUCUGUUUCAUUUUCACAGUGGUGUCAGUGGCAGGUGAGCCUGGUGCUCCAGGUGAGCCCGGCCCUGAGGGACCUGCUGGUCCUCCUGGACCCCCAGGUGAGAGUGCUGUGGGUCAGCCUGGACCUCAGGGACCUCCUGGACCCCAAGGAGCUCCUGGCCGCUCCAUCGCUGGCAAACCUGGAUCCCCAGGUGGACCUGGCAAACCUGGCUCCUCUGGAGCACCUGGUGAGAGGGGAGACACUGGCGCUACUGGUCCUCAGGGACCUAGAGGAGCUCCUGGAUCUCCUGGAAGCCCCGGACCUGCUGGCCUCUCAGCUACUGGCAAGCCUGGACCUUCUGGUCUCCCUGGACCAAUGGGACCAAGAGGAGAGUCUGGUCUUAAAGGACAUCCAGGUGUACCUGGACUGCCAGGUGCUAAGGGCGAUAGAGGGGUGGGAGCUCAGGGACCUCAGGGUGAGAGAGGACCUGUUGGACCUAUGGGCCCAACUGGAGCCCCAGGUCAGUCUGGAGUUGGAAAGCCAGGAAAACCAGGUAGUCCAGGUGAGCCAGGAAAGUCAGGUAGCCCAGGAAGGGAUGGUGCCACUGGUCCCAUGGGACCACAGGGACCCAAGGGACACACUGGUGCCCCUGGUGUAGGUGUUGCAGGUAAACCAGGUGAGAAUGGUGCCCCAGGUCUGCCCGGCCCUAUGGGCCCUAAAGGCCAUCAGGGACCUGCUGGAGCUCCUGGUGCCCCUGGAGUCCCCGGAUAUGGAAAGCCAGGUGCAAAUGGAGAAAAGGGAGAGAGGGGAGCUACAGGUGCCACAGGUGCCACAGGUCCAAAGGGUGAGCAAGGUCAUACAGGAUAUACUGGUGCCACUGGUGCUACUGGUCCAGCCGGUCCUGCUGGACCUCAGGGUUUAAGAGGUUUCCCAGGUGAGCCCGGUGGUCAAGGCGCUAAAGGUGAUACAGGUGCACCUGGAGGUCAGGGAGCUAAGGGAAACAAGGGAGAUCAGGGAGCACAAGGGUUCCAAGGUAAACAGGGUUAUCCAGGUGCAGCUGGUCCCCCUGGACCCAGGGGAGCCACUGGAGCUACAGGUGAGAAAGGUAAUGUAGGUGCCCCAGGUACACCAGGUUCCCCAGGUAUUCCAGGCCCUGCUGGACCCAAAGGUCUUCCUGGCCGUGCAGGUGAGCCAGGUGCUGGUGGUGCCGAUGGUGCUCCAGGUGCCAGAGGACCUGCUGGACCUCAAGGUGCCGCUGGUGCUCCUGGCCACAAGGGACACCCAGGUCUCCCUGGUGCCCCUGGCCCUGCUGGUUUGGCUGCUAAGGGUAUCCCAGGACCUCAGGGUCCCCCUGGUCUGCCCGGUGAGGCUGGUGCUGAUGGAGCCACUGGCCCAGAAGGCCCUCCUGGUCCUCCUGGUCCUCCUGGUGAGGUUGUGUUUGAGAAGGGAAUGGGAAUGGGUGAGGUUAUGGUCAAGUCCCCCAUGUCUGCUUUCACUGCAUCUCUGGCUACCCCCUACCCUGCCUCUGGCACCCCCAUCAAGUUUGAUCAGAUUGUGUACAAUGCUGAGAAUCACUACGACCCCGAGUCCGGCAUUUUCACUUGCCAGGUUCCCGGAGUUUACUAUUUCUCCUACAGCAUCCAUGUCAAUGGUGCUCAUGCCCUGGUGGCUCUGUACAAGAAUGGUCAGCCUGUUAUGUUCACUUAUGAUGAGUACAACAAGGGCUUCCUGGACCAGAUGUCCGGCAGCGCUGUCCUCUUGCUCGAUGAGCAGGACACAGUCUACGUUCAGAUCCCCGAUGAUGAGGCCAAUGGUGUCUUUGCCGCCGAGAAUGUCCACUGCUCUUUCUCUGGGUUCCUCAUUGCUUCAACGUGAUACGUUGAUACAGUAGUUCCCAAAAGCCAACCAACUAAAUUUGCAAUCUAUUUCUCAAACUGAAGUAAACUCCCUGUACACUUUUUUCCUCAACCAAACAGACAGGCAGUUCACUUCCUACUUUGAGGAAUAGAAGCAUCUCGACUUGAAAACUACAAGAAAUAGGUGCUUAGAAGAAGGAAAACUAAUUUAUGAAAACAGGAGAUCAGGG